GGAUAGGUGUAGAGUUUUGCGUGCACAUCGUGAGAGCAUUUAUAGUUGGUGGAGCAGGCGUGGAUAAAGAUGAAAGGGCCUAUAGGUCAAUAAUCGAUGUUGGUAGUUCGGUAUUUGCCGGAAUCACCAUGACGAAAUUUUUCGGAAUAUUGGUACUGGCGUUUACGCGGAGCAAGAUAUUCGAGGUAUAUUACUUUAGAAUGUAUGUUGCUAUGGUGAUAGUUGGAGCUUUGCAUGGGCUUGUGUUAUUGCCGGUUGUAUUGAGUUUGGUUGGGAGUAACGGUAUGGGUAGCGGAGAAGACUUUAAUGAUAUAUUUGAUGAUGAAGAAAUGUUUGGUGGAAGACCAAUCAGGAGGCCAGACAAUAGGAUGUUGGUUGAUGAUGGAGGAAUCGAAAGUGGUGAGAGUGAUGCAGAAGAGAUUUGA